GACAGCCUUUGAGCUUAACUUACCAUAAACUUCCACACUACACCAACAAACUCCCAGAACCACAUCUACUUACAACGGCCAUAUUAAUAAUUUAAUUGCGAACAAGAUUUACAGGAAUAUCUGUACUUUGCUUCUCGACCAGAAUUUCCAAGGCUCUCAUUUUUUUGCGAUACAGAUUUUGAUCCAUCAUACCAUCGGACACAGAUCUCACUCAUUCAAAGAAAAUGUCGUACUCGGGCUUUUAUGAAGGAGAUGACCCAGCUGCCAUGUAUCAAAUGUUGCAGCAGCGCGGAAUGCGAGGGCCUCCCAAACGUUUCGAUGAAUACUACAGAUGUUAUCCAACUGUCAUGAUCCCCGGCCCUGAACGAGACAACCUUAAUUAUGGAGGGAAGAUUAUUAUGCCACCAUCUGCUCUAGAAAAGCUUACUCGACUGCACAUUACGUACCCUAUGCUUUUCGAGCUCAUCAAUAGCCAACAUCCUGGUGGACCAAAAUUAACGCACGCUGGUGUACUGGAGUUUAUUGCGGAUGAAGGAAAGGUUUAUCUUCCACACUGGAUGAUGCAAACCCUUGGACUUGAAACUGGAGAUCUCUUCCAGAUCAAAUCGACCGACCUUCCCCCUGCCUCCCUUAUCAAACUCCAACCUCAAUCCGUCAAUUUUCUCGAUAUCUCCAACCCAAAGGCCGUACUCGAAAAAGCCUUUCGUGACUUUUCUACGGUUACUAAAGGCGAUAUCUUCAGCUUCCACUAUAAUGAUACUAUCUACGAUAUUGCGGUUUUAGAGGUCAAACCAGUUACUGACAAGAUGGGGGUUAGUAUGCUCGAAACGGAUGUUGAGGUCGACUUCGCAGCUCCAUUAGGCUAUGUCGAGCCAACUCCGGUUAGGGGCAAUGGCAGCGGAACCAGCACACCCAGAAGUGCCAUCGGCGGUUUACCUGCAGGUGGUAUGCUUCACAGUCAAGGAACCAUGGCACAGGCCAUCAACUACGAUGCCAUUGCACCAACGUCUAAUUCUGUCGCGCAAGGCGCAAAGGCGGCCUCGUCCAACUUUGUAUCUGGAGGUCACAAACUGAGCGCUAAGAAGGGCACAAAGACCCCCACACCUACUGCGUCAACUCCUGUUGCUGGAGUUAGCACGAACACUCCUGCUGUUUCGGCUCGAAGAACGAAUGGUCCUCAGCCUCUUCGGUUACCACCCAACAAACUUUUCUUCGGUUACGAAGUCAAACCAGUCAAAACCCAAGCCGAUAAGGACAAAGAGAAUGCAGAUGCGAAACAGCCCCACUUCUCGGGGCAAGGACAAUCAUUGAAGACUGGCAAGAAAGUGGAGGCCAAAAGCGAACCGGCUCCAGAGCCUCAAGCCAAGGGCGACAGUACAGGACGGAGGCUGGACGGAAAGGAUGCCAGCAAGUAGUGGAUUAGGAACGGGUAUAUCACGAUGACGUUGGCGUUUAAAGGCGGGUAACGUCUCUGGCGUUCGGAGGUUUGGCACAUAAUGUUGCAUGGGAAGGAGGACAUCUUAUGCUAUUUAGAUCUUUGCAGUAAAGAAAAUCUGCAUUCUGAUCAUACCAGUAGGUAUAGAACUCUGUGAAACAAUUUAUAUUGUAGUCAAGAGGCACUGCAAAUUGUUUAAGUGACCAACGUCCA